AUGUAGAGAGAAUUUUCUAAUUCUUAAGGCUCACAAAUUAAUAGUCGUAAAGAAAAAGAAAUUUAGAAAAAUUCAGAGAUGAUUUAGAAAUAAUCUUAUCAACAAGCAUAACUCUAAGAUUAAGCUUUAAUCUAAUAUUAUAUUUUUGAAGAUUAUUAAAAUUUAUUAAACCUAAUAUACUCUUUAAAGAUCGUGUAGGAAUAUUUUUAAAAUGAUCCAAAUAACAAAAUGGUGACUUUAUCUAGAAAUAAAGUAAUUGCUUAACUUAAUCUCUCUAACACAAUUCAUCAUGAUAUAUCAUAAACCUACAAAGACUAGAAUUAUAAAAUAUUUAUCAAAAACCAAAAAGAAAAAGUUAAGGAAUUGCUUAAAAAACUUCCUGAAGACAUUUAAAAUUAAUAAUAUCUGCAAAUGUAUCAAUAGAAUAGUUUAUCUGAAAAUGUUAAAUGUGAUUAUACACCACUCGAAAAACUUGAUAUUAAUUUGAAUUUUAAUGAACAUUCUGUAGCUAAAGUUUUGUAAUCAAUACAAAUUGUAGAUGAAAAAAUCAAUUAAAUAACAACAUAAAAUCAUUAUCAAAUUGAAAAUGAUGAUUUUUAAGAUAAAGCAAAGUAUUGAAUAAAAAUAUUAAUAGAAAGUAUUAGAUUUUUACCCUAUAAAAAUUAGAAGCUAAUUUUUCUUAAAAAAAAAAAGGAAAAUAAUCUAUUAGGAGUAAAUCAGCAUAAAAUAAUCAAACCAAAAUUAAAUAAGAUUAUUAAAACAGCAAUAUCUAAGUUUAACAUCAAAAAGAAAAGCCAAAAAAAAUUAAGGAUUGUAUAAACUUGGCUGAGUUUUGA